AUGUAUGCUUCACCUCUUGCAGCCAUGAAAAGCGUGGUGACGAGCAAGAGCGUGGAAUAUAUGCCUUUCCUUCUCUCCUUUUGCUUUUUCUUGAAUGGUGGAGUUUGGUCUUUCUAUGCUUUCCUUCAGCGAGACUGGUUUCUUGGGGUACCAAAUGGGAUUGGCCUUGCAUUAGGGACACUGCAGUUGGUACUCUACGCAAUGUAUUCUAAUUACAAACCCUCAAAACUUCCAAAGGCUGAUUUUGAGGACACAAGCCAAAACGAGCCACUGGUUUCAGCUUCACAACAAUGUUGA